UAUUAGCAUUUUGCGGGGGAAGCGCAAGACAGAUUCUGUUGAGUAGAGGCAAAGCAUAGCAGGUGCUCAGAUGGAGAUGGCAGAAAGCUUGAAUGAAGCGUUGCAAGAGAGAGCGAGAUCAAACGGAUCAAACAGCAAAGUUGCAAGAUGGCCAUGAAGUCAAUAACACUGCUCUCUUUGGGUUUACUUUUCACGUGUUGUACCUCCCAAACCAUCAUUAACAAUGAGAAAAGACUUGUAUGUCAACUGACAUCACCAACGCAGUUUAACGUGACACUAAAAGACGGAAUGAGGAACAAACAGGUCCGCUACCUUGGAAGGAGGGCUUCAUGGAAUGAUUGCAGUGAAGCUGUCUGUAGUGUUCGUACAGCCGACUUUGCAUUCAUGCUCUCUGAUCUCUGCUAUGCAGUCACGUGCCUUAAGAAAUGCGAGGUCAUUGAUGAUAUGCCAAGAGAGCAAACGAGGCUGAUCGGAAUAUCAAGAUCGUCGUUCAUGUCGCACGAGCAUAGGAUCAUCAAAGACAUUUUCCGCGAUCUGAUGAACAAGGACAUCAGGCCAAGACUUGAAUUCAACACGAAAAUCCGUGUUCUCCUAAACAUCCGUCUUGUUCAGUUAUUUGAUGUGGAUGCAGUUGGCCAAACAAUCAAAUUGAAUGUUUGGACGACACAGGAAUGGACAAAUCCUCUGUUGGGAUGGCAGCGAGAAGACUAUGGAAACAUUAGCAUUGUUAAUGUCGAACCAACUAUGGUAUGGACCCCAGUCUUGAUGCUCUACAACAACGCUGACAACAAGAUGACCAGCCUGAAAGCCUCAAACACCAAGGUGAUAGUCAACAGCUCAGGAUACAGCACAUGGUUUGCAGCUACAUCCAUGAAGGCUUCGUGCAAAAUCAACGUGAAAUACUUCCCUUUCGAUCAACAAUUAUGUCAUUUGAAAUUCGGGUCCUGGACAAAGUCGAUAAACCAGAUGGAAAUCAUUCCAUUUAAAACAGAAACGGGUUUGCAACAUUUCACGCAGAACGCUGAAUGGGAAGUUGUGAAAUUCAGUGCCGAGAAGCGCAUGGUAAGAUACGAGUGCUGCAAAGAGCCUUUCACGGAGGUGGUGUAUCAUCUGCAUUUGCGGAGAAAAACAUUGUACUAUAUCUACACUCUGGUACUACCUGUGACUACUAUUACGUCAUUGAUUGCUUUGGGGUUCUGUCUACCGCCAAACAGUGGCGAACGAAUAAUAUUAUCUGUGACAAUACUGGUAUCGAUGACAGUGUAUCUUAAUAUUGCCGGAAAGAAACUGCCAGCCACAUCUAAAAACAUCCCAUUACUGUCCCUGUUUUACUUUCUACUUUUCAUUCAAAUUUGCUUCUCCUUAGCCGCUUCAACGUUCGUGCUUGCGAAUUUCUAUCGACAAAAUUUUUCAAAGCCAAUGCCAGCAUGGUUCAGAUGGCUAAUUUUUGAGUAUUUGAGUAAGCUGUUGUGCGGACAAAAAAUUUCAAAGAAGAGGCCUUUGAGAUUUGGGACAGCGCAACGAAGAAAAACGGUGCGGUUUAGUGAUUUCAUCACUGUCAACGGGAGUUUGGCAUCCGAAGCUUCAAGGUGUAGCAAAAUAAGUUCCAAUGGGACACAUAAAAAGAGCAGCGACAAAUCUCUUGAGGAGCAUUUGCGAAUCCCAUUGUUUCAUUCCAGGGACAAGGAGAAUAACGAAACUGAUACCACAUUACUAAAUGGCUCAUUUUGCAAUACUACAUCUGCAUCACUGCAGUCUGAAGAUACACUGUUUUCGUCACCCACAGAGACAAUAAACAUGUUUGAAAACAUAUUUGGAACACGAUUGGCUGAAAAAGCUGAACGGAGACAGGCGAAACUGAUAAACAAAGAAAUAGAGGUGUUGACACACGAUGUUUACGAUAAAGAGAAGAAGAAAGAGAUGAUAAAUGAGUGGCAAUACGCGUCAAUGGUGAUCGAUCGCGCCUUUUUAAUCAUUUUCAUAUCCACUUUAACAAUUUCCAUAAGUUUCUUCCUUCUGCAUAAAAUUCCGCAUCUAACGGACAAUAGCAUGUAA